UUGAAAUUGUCAACACCAUGAAGUUCCUGCUCAGUGUGGCUCUCCUCUUGGCCAUUGGCCUGCACCAGAUUGAUGCUCACGGCAUGAUGCUCAAUCCGCCAAGUCGUUCCUCCCGCUGGCGUUACGAUAGCUCUGCUCCCCAGAAUUACAACGACAACGAGCUGUUCUGCGGUGGUUUGUAUACCCAGGCCAACAAUGGCGGACAGUGUGGACUGUGUGGCGAUAACUUCUCAGCCUCUCAGCCACGUGCCAAUGAGAUUGGUGGAUCCAUUGGUGGAUCGGGUACCAUUACCAAGAGCUAUGCUGCAGCCAAUGCCAUCAAUGUGGGCGUUAAAAUCACCACCAACCAUUUGGGACACUUUGAGUUCAAUCUCUGCAACUUGGAUACCUUCGGUGCUGAAUCCGAGGCCUGCUUCAACCAGAAUCGCCUGCGUUUCCCCGACGGCAGCGACAAGCUGCAGAUUGGCUCCCAGAGUGGCGAAUUCGAUGUGACCGUCAUGCUGCCAGAGGGUCUCACCUGCUCUCACUGUGUUCUUCGCUGGACCUAUGUUGGAGCCAACAACUGGGGCAUGUGUGACAAUGGUACUGGCUCUCUGGGCUGCGGUCCACAGGAGACCUUCAAGAACUGUGCUGAUGUGAGCAUCUUCUGGGGCCGCAACAUGGUCAAGGAGUUGGCUAAGCCUGCUGUCCAGCCAGUUGCCCCCGUCGAGGUUGAUUCCAUUGAAGCUUAAGUGCCACUUUCAUAAGUCACUUUAUUAACUGAAACGAAACCAAAUAUACGUUUAGAGCAUUUUAUAUAAACUAUUGUG